GGCGCGUCUCUCCUGCGGCGAAUGCGCGGCUGAGAUCUAGGCCUCACCUCCUCCGCCGCCGCCGCCGCCAGAUCUUCCCGGGGACCGAAUGGCGGCCACGUCGUCCGACGACGACUGCGACCGGCAGAGCGAGGAGCGCUGCGGGAGCUACAGCCUGAGCGCCGACAUCAGCGAGUCCGAGAGCUGCAGCAGCUUCUCCUGCCACCGCUUCGACGGGGAGGGGGCCGCGUCCAGCUCGAUGGCCUCGUCCCCGCGCCCGGCCGCCUGGAACUUCAGCUUCCCGGCGGCGGUGAUGGCGCCGGUCAUCGGCGGGAGGGACGUGGUGCUCUGGGACGAGAGGAAGGAGAGGAAGGACGGCGAUUUGUCCGAAAUUGAGAUGAUGAAGGAAAGAUUUGCUAAGCUGCUUCUUGGAGAAGACAUGUCUGGAGGCGGUAAAGGAGUGUGCACUGCUCUUGCUAUCUCAAACGCCAUAACCAAUCUCUCUGCUACUGUCUUUGGUGAAUUAUGGAGGCUCGAGCCUUUGGCACCUCAGAAGAAAUCGAUGUGGCGCAGAGAAAUGGAAUGGCUCUUAUGUGUGAGCGAUUCGAUCGUGGAGCUUGUGCCAUCGAUACAACAGUUCCCGGGUGGGGGCACAUAUGAGGUCAUGGCAACUCGUCCUCGCUCUGAUUUAUAUAUAAAUCUCCCUGCUCUUAAGAAGCUCGAUGCAAUGUUAACCAGCAUGCUUGAUGGGUUCUCUGAGACGGACUUUUGGUAUGUUGAUCGUGGGAUAUUGAUGGAUGAUGGUGAUGACCAUGAUAAGAAUUCUUCAGGUGUGUCCAGUGGUAGGCCGUCCAUUAGACAGGAAGAGAAGUGGUGGUUGCCUUGCCCAAAAGUGCCAUCUAAUGGAUUAUCUGAUGAAGCUAGGAAGAGGUUGCAGCAGUGCAGGGACUGUGCGAAUCAGAUACUGAAGGCAGCUAUGGCAAUUAAUAGCAGUGUCCUUGCUGAAAUGGAGAUUCCUAAUGCGUACUUGGAAACCUUGCCCAAGAGUGGAAAAGAUUGUCUGGGCCAUAUUAUAUACCGCUACAUUACCACUGAGCAAUUCUCCCCAGAAUGUCUGCUUGAUUGUCUCGACUUAUCAUCUGAGCAUCACACCUUGGAGGUGGCUAACAGGAUUGAGGCAGCUGUCCAUGUCUGGAAGCAGAAAGACCAGAAGAAACACGUAAACCGCACAAAAUCUAGGCAGUCGUCCUGGGGUGGUAAGGUUAAAGGGCUAGUUGCUGAUGGAGAGAAAAAUCAUUUUCUAUCUGAACGAGCAGAGACCUUGCUGCAGAGCUUAAGGCUUCGUUUUCCUGGUCUUCCUCAGACUGCAUUGGAUAUGCACAAGAUCCAAUAUAACAAGGAUGUUGGACAAUCAAUUCUCGAAAGCUACUCAAGAGUAAUGGAGAGCCUGGCCUUCAACAUAAUAGCGAGAAUUGAUGAUGUCAUAUAUGUAGAUGACACCACCAAGAGAUGUGCGGCAGUAGAGUCAAUGCCCCUCUUUAGCCGGGGAGGUCUAGGUUGUCUUCCCAUUCAGAAGAGGAUGUCUCCCAGUCCCUUCUCGAUCAAGCACACGCCUUACGGCUCUCCUUUUGCGACCCCGUCUUUCUGUUCCUCCCCCAUCGGCGGAAGUCCGGGAAGGACGCCCUCGUCCACGAACAGGAAAAAUCACAAAAAACAUGAUAAGAAACCUGUGGCGGCAGAAUCCGAAAAGGUGUGGUCGUAUGCUGGAAAUAUCAGUGCGAGGCGGGCUUCUGGGGAUGCACCUGAACGAGAUUGACGAUGUUUUGGGUCCAUGUGCUGCAAAUAUUAGCAGCAUGCGGUCCUGGGAUGGGUCUAUACGUAUGGGAGAAGUAGAGAAAGCUAGGUGGGGUUUAAUCAUGUACAUGUGUUAGGAGUAAAUGAGUAGAGAGGAGAUGAUACUGUUUUAGAGUUUCCUAGUUAUCAUGUUUUGAGAAAAUCACUCUAUUGGCCUAUGAAGAUCAGUGAACCAGGCAUCUGUGAAA